AUGAACCAGGCUUCCCGAGAAACAGGCGAUGUGACGCCCGCUUUCUACGACCCAUAUCACCCUGCAAACAAUGCCAUGAAGGAGGUGGUCACCCCGGAUCACGCAGAGGUCAACCAGUCCUAUCGCACCGACCCGGAGCCAGUUCCGCAAACAGGAGCGACAGGCUCGUCGGACUGGAGGUUUUCUCCCGCCAAAAGCCCCACCGUAGCCAGCCCAGACCAGCCCUGGCAGCCUGAGCAGGUGCAGUCGAGGGCGGGAAAGGAGCGAAAGGUGUGCGGGGUCGGCAUGGCGACGUUCGUGCUGGCCAUCGCGCUCUUAAUUGUUCUGCUCGCUGCAGCGGUGGGCGGCGGUGUUGGUGGGAGCAUGGCGGCGAAUACUGCAAGAGAACUCGAUGAGUGCAAGAGCAACCUGAACCAGCAGUCCUCGUCGCCGACUACAUCUCAGCCACCAUCCUCAUCGCCAAUUCCAACUGGGGGCGCCGAAAAUUGCGGCAACCAGACCGCCAUCCAACUCGGCCCGAAGGGGGGUAUGGUGGUUCCGGUACAGGGGGUCACCGUCGAGCUCAACUGCCCGGACAUCAACAACUCACAGAUGUACGCUGCCGUCGGAGGCAGGCAGUCGAUAUUCCGCCCAUCAUGCGGAAUAGACUACAAUGGAAACGACAUUGGCGGGGCCAUAGCCUACUCUUUCCAGGACUGCCUCUGGGCGUGCGCGGCCAUGAAUUAUUUUAGUAAAAACAACAACUGCCUCGCCGUCACCUUCCACGCCGCCCUGUCGAAUUCGGUGUCCAGGAACCAGAUAAACUGCUUCCUGAAAAACACAACUUCGAACAGGCAAACAGGUAAGGGUAAUCUUGUUGCUGGUGCACAGUUGGUGUUAAGUACCACUUAA